AUGCGUCUAGCAUCAUCGGUGGGCGCGUGGAGGUUGGACCCUUCUGAUCUACACUCUUCAUCCACGACGGUUGUUGUUCUGGUGCGUUGGUUCUAUGGGGCCUUAACACGACGAUUUCCUGACUGUCUACUACAACAACGUUUGCCCGGAUCAUAUACAAUGGAAACUCUACGUGACAUGGCUCUGCCACCAGGAUUUGGAUUCCAUCCCAAGGACACUGAACUCGUUGCUCACUAUCUGAAAAAGAAAAUACUCGGUCAGAAAAUCGAAUAUGACAUUAUACCAGAGGUGGAUAUAUACAAGCAUGAACCAUGGGAUUUACCUGAUUUUAUCUGCCGUGUUCUUCAAAUCCUCAUCGUACCUAAUCCUCUGAUGAUACUUCAUGUUACAGCAAAGUGCAAUGUUCCAACCCAGGAUAACAAGUGGCAUUUCUUUGCUGCUCGAGACAGAAAGUAUCCUAAUGGUGCUCGGUCAAAUAGGGCAACGGUUGCUGGGUAUUGGAAGUCUACUGGAAAAGACCGGGCCAUUAAGGUGGAUAAGCGGACCAUAGGAACAAAGAAAACUUUAGUUUUUCAUGAAGGUCGGCCUCCCACUGGAAAACGUACUGAGUGGAUUAUGCAUGAAUACUACAUAGAUGAGAAUGAAUGUCAAGCCUGCCCUGAUAUGAAGGAUGCCUUUGUUCUAUGUAAAGUUACUAAAAGAAUUGACUGGACAUCAGAGAAUGGUAACGAGGUGGGCAAUAAUAACCCUCAGCCACAACAAGCAAAUGUUGCUGCUAUUUUAGCUGUCAGUGUUGAACAACCAGAUACUGCUGCAUCAUCAAUUAUUGGUGAUGAACUUCCAAGUGAUGCUGCUACGGUAGCUAUCCCUGCUCACACAACUCCAGAUGGGAAUGAUGACCUUAAAGAAUGGCUGGAAGAACUGCUUGAUACCUCCUUUGAUCCUUCUGCUAACACUGCAGUGGAUUCUAUUUCUGCUCAACUGUCUCCGGAUGAACAAAAUGCUGAAUCAUCGAACAUUGGUGCUAUGGCUCCGAAGGUGGAACUGGACUAUGCCAGUCCUAACCAGACUGUGGUAGACGAUACAGACUUCCUGUUGCCAGAUGAUAUUCACUCCAUGUUGUAUCCUGGUAGUGAUGACUUCACUUCAUGGCAGCAAACAUACUUUACGGCGGCGGAUCCCUUCAGUCUGUCAAACAACUUCAUGGAGGAAUUUCAGAUGAAAGAGCUACAGUUACCUCUGGAAAAUAAUGGGCCUAAUCUGUAUGAACCUGCUGAUACUGGAAUUGUAGUGCGAACACGUCAUGGGGGAACAUCUGCAGCCAGCGCUCCACCAUACAAGGCUCGACUUCAGCAAAGUCUUGGCAGGAUGGUUACGAGCAGCUCUGAAUCCAUCAACCAGACUAUCAAGUUCGUUGACAACAACGGUCAUCUUGAUCUCAUGACUAAUGUGAAACACCAGAAGAAACAUGUGCGUGAUAUUACUUCUGCCAGGCAGUCUGAUGCAAAGAAGUGUGGAGGUCACAACAACCAAGGAUUUCUCAGGGGCAUCCAAAGGGCAUUUAGAGGCUGUUCAGCAACAGGACUGAAUAUACUCGUUGCUCUUUGCAUGGUUGGAGUUGCUGCAGCAAUACUGCACCAUGGACGUCACCGUGGUGGGAUCAGUUUGUAG